AUGUCUCAGGCUGCCAAGUCCUCAGCAGUGGCUGCGGUGAACCCGGGGCCCGAUAACAAGGGGAAGGGGGCCCCACCCGCAGGACCUGCCCCCAGCCUCGCCCUGGCCCAGGCAUCCACGCCCAAGCCCACCGCCACAGCGGGGGACUUGCCUCCUGGGAGCUACAGGCUGGUGGUCUUUGAGCAGGAGAACUUCCAGGGCCAUCGGGCGGAAUUCCCCAGGGAGUGCUUGAACCUGGGAGACCGCGGCUUCGACUGUGUGCGCAGCCUCAUUGUCGCCUCUGGACCGGGAGUCUGGGUCACCUUUGAGCAGUUCAACUUCCGGGGGGAGAUGUUCAUCCCAGAGAAGGGCAAGUACCCACGCAGGGGCACCUGGUCCAGCAGCUACCACAGCGACCAGGUCAUGUCCUUCCAACCCAUCAGGAUGGACUCCCAGGAACACAGGAUCUGCCUGUUGGAAAGAGCCAACUUCAAGGGCAACACCGUGGAGAUCCAGGAGGAUGACACCCCUAGUCUCUGGGUCUAUGGCUUCUGUGACUGCGUGGGCAGUGUGACGGUCUCCAGCGGAAUCUGGGUAGGCUAUCAGUAUCCUGGCUACCGUGGGUACCAGUACCUCCUGGAGCCUGGUGACUUUCGGCACUGGAACGAAUGGGGAGCCUUCCAGCCCCAGAUGCAGGCAGUGCGCUGCCUGAGGGACAAGCAGUGGCAUCGUGAGGGCUUCUUCCCAGUCCCGGUCGCUAAGCCCCCCAAAUGA